AUGGGCCGCACCAAUCUCAAGUCCAAGGUCAUGCACCUCGACAAGAAACAGGUAGAAGACCUCAAGACGUAUCUCGAAAACGCCAAGGGCAGUACAAUCUCCAUCUCGUCAUGGUCCAAGAACUGGGCGUACACCCACGGAGAGACGCGUUCCUCGUCCAACCUCACCUACUACAUCGGCGGCCAACUCAACAGUGAUGGCCACUUUAUCACCCGCCUUUUUGUCUGGACUUUCAAGAGUAGCUACAAGCCCAUCUCCGACAAGGAUGAUGCUAUCAGCACUCAGAAGGAUUGGUGUACGGAGAAGCCUGACAUGUCGGAGGUUCUGAAUGGUUACAAGGAGAUGUAUGAUGUGGAAGUCACUCCCCCUGCGAGCUCUGAGGAUGAGGGCGAGGACGGUGAGGGCGAGGAGGAAUGA